AUGUCCGCUUCGGUUACGAAAAGUUCGGAUCAAAAGACCCGUGCUCCCAGCAUUCAAUGGACUCGCGAAGAGGAUCAGACACUGAAGCAGAUGCGGGAUGCCGGCUACAGCUGGAGUGAGAUUGCAAAGGCAUUUCCUGCGCGAUCAGCAGCGGGCAUUAGGACGCGCUGGACCAAGAACAGGUUGUGGGCCCAAAUUGCAGAAGCUCAUGUGAUUAGGUUCUUGCUAAAUUCCGGUACCCUCCGUGAAGCUAUCAGAGAAUACGAGGACAAUGUACGAAAGGAUAAAUGGAAGGUAAUUGGACAGCGAGCAGGCAUCCCCGAAAAAUCCUGUGAGAUCUACGCGACAUAUCACUUCAGCGGCGACUUGUGGAUGCCUGCCCAGAAGCUGGAGAUCACAAGGGAAAAAGGGUACACCGAAGAGACCCAUGAGACAAACAACCAUAAGACUGGACUGGAGCCAGUUGAGAACAGACUGGCAUUUCCAAUGGGGAAAAACCAAAGUAACGACGACGACGGAGCGGAGAGGAAUAUCGAGUCUGAUGCCCUCAAUGAAUCAUCUAUGAGAAUCCAGAAAGCUUUCUCGCGCCCUCUAUCUAUCGAGAGAUCAAUUUCUUCAUCAAGACGAGAUGAAGAAAUAUCAUGUUCAACAACUUCAACCAGUCUGGUGCGGCACGGCAGCCAAUCGGACAGCGAAUCAUCUUCUGUCCAGACCAAUCUUGCCUCCAAAAUUGUCCUACGAACCGUAGCCUUCUCCAACAGCCAAAGACUAAAGACACUCGCUUCAUCACCACGUGAGACUAGUGGAUCUGCUUCGGAUUCCCGCUCCAGAGACGUACCAACUACUCGGCGCUCUAAAUCCACAAAACGUUCUCUGCAGGACUUCAACGAAGAUGAUCAUGCCAAUGAGGACGAGGACGAGGAUGAGGACAGAGUACCUUGUGCUAAGCGGAAGCGAGGAAGUCUGGAUGCGCCGAUAAGACUCUUUGCUUGCCCUUACGCGAAAUUUGACCCUGAACGAUACUCGGAGCGGAACAAUGAUGAAAAGAACUAUCGAAAAUGCUCCAGUAAAUACCUCAGAGAUAUUGGCCGCGUGAAGCAACACCUCUGCCGAACUCACAUGCGCCCACAAUGGUACUGUCCUAACUGCUACAAAAGCUUUGGUUUGCGAGAACAUUUCAAUGAGCACAUUAUGGCACGCCCUCGUUGUGAUCGGAGCGCAAUCCGAUACGAGGAAAUGAUGACAGACGAUCAGUUCAAGGAGCUCAAACGACGAAAUCGGGGAAACAGUCAAUACGAAGCUUGGUACAAGAUCUUUCAACUCUUGUUCCCAAAUUCUCAGCGGCCGAUAUCUCCCUAUGUUUUGACUUGCGAUCAAGGCAUGGUGAAGCACUUUGUCAGCCUAUUCCAAGUGAUUGGUCCACAAGAAACCUUCCAAAAAAUACAGGACAGCCGAGCAUGUGGUCCAGGAUCGGUUCAACUUGACAUAUCAACCCAAGCUAUCGUCGAUGAGGCAUUCGAGAUUGCGAUGCCCGACCAUUUGGAGCAGCUGGAGGGAAAUAGGCGAGUCCAGUACGAGCAGAUCACCAUGGCCGAACCAUCGAGGCAACAAUUACAGGAUCGUCAACUGGCCUCUUCGUUAACCCUGGAGCAUGACGGCCGAACUGUCGUUGCCCAGGCAGUAUCAGACCAUCCUUUUCAGGUGCCGCAAACCGGGCAGCCGAGCUCAUACGCUGUGCUUCAACCGGGUUGGAUGAUCCAGCAGGUGCCCGAGCCUUCACAUUCUUUAGAUGAGUUCGGUCUCGAUACUCCUUCGGACUUACCCAUCGAGAUUACGGAUUUGUUUCAUCCAUAUGGAAUGCUGUUUGGCAGUUCAGAUACGGAUGCCGGUGAUUAA